ACUCAACUCAAAGUUCACUUUACCCAGCUCUGUUUGUCUUAACGGUGCAAUUAACAAGAAACCCAUAAAUUUGCCAGUUGAAAUUACAUUGACCAGCUGGGGGAGAAAGAGGGAAAAAAAGACCAUCCGGUGUGAAGCAACCGUGAGCUAUAUACACCUGUGUGUGGAGUGUUUUUUUUUUAAUCUAGGAAACCGAGAGAAAGGCAUAGCUGAGUGAAGUUUAUUGGCGUUGAGCCUGUGGACGAAAAGAUUGCUUCUUAUGGUGUCAUUACUUGACCUGCCCUUGGAAGUGUGGGAGAACGUUGUUUCCUCCAUAUCUAUCCGAGACCUUUUGUCGCUGUGUUGCGUCAAUCGCAUAACGAAUCGGAUGCUCACCAGCGACGAUAUCUGGAAACCGUUGGUAGCGACGAGGUGGUUCGUGACGGAAGACGUCGACUGGACAUCGUUCCAUGGUAUUGUGAACUACAUGCAGUACUACAAGAGAAGACAUUUGCUUGAUACAAGAGUGGAAAAAAUCAUACAGAGUGAGAGUUUCACGCUGGAACAGGGAUGGAGGCUGAUAGCCAUUGGUGGGGAACUUGUGCCUCUGAUGCUGAGGAUGAGAAAGAACUCCGACAACUUGUAUACGCGAUACGUUGCAACUUCGAUACUUGAAGCGAUAAGACGAAUCCAGGCCAUUAAGUCCAUGGUUGAACUAUUGGAGAGACCGAUAGGGGAGGUUGUUCAUGAAUCGCUAUACGAUAGACUGUCCCUCUUGGAUAGAGCGUACGAUCGAAUUGCUCCUUACAGAACAGCAAUGAUCAAAAAUAUAGUGGGGAGGGUUAGACGUGACCCUAGGCUGAUUGACUGUGUCUCUUCUACAGAGGUUGUGCUGUUGAUAAUAGAGGCCAUAUGUAAAGAGCUACACAGUGUUGUUGACGAAAGGACGUAUUUACAGGAAUCGCUUGAUAACAUUUCUAUUCAAAGACAUUACGCUGGUGAAGUUGGUGCCAGUGGUAUGAUAAAGUAUGCCAUCAUUGGUGGAUUGGCUGACAAGUUCAACAUCAAAUGUGAUCUCUGCAAUACGUUUCUCAUAGUGAAAGAUCCGUAUUUUGAAGGGGGCAAGUCUUACAUAUCGUUAAAGUCUGGCACGUUCCAACCAAGUGUCUACUCAGUCAGAGAAAUAUACCCUGCUGUCUUGAGAUCUAAUCCAAGAGAGCCGCAGCGGGCAUUGCAGUCGUUGAUCCGACCUUGGACUGCAAAGAUGGCCAUCGAGGCACUUAUUGAAUUCCAACAAACUGAUUCAAUCGUGCGUGAGGCAACGAUGAGAGAGCGUAUUGUUGACUAUGAGGCGAUCUAUCCGAGAUCCAAGAUUCACGUCAUGACUGGAACUUGUGACUACUACGCAAAUUGUUUCCACGAAUACUACAAGUCAAGGGUCGAUACGAUUCUCCUCGUCGAGAUGGCUCGUAGGUUCCCCUUUGAUGCUUUAUUCUUUGAAGAGUUUUUCAAAGAUCACAGUGAAGUUGAUUUCAAACAAAUUGCUCUAGAAAGCUAUCUACAGCCUAAUUUUGACGGAGAAUUCGUUAACAUCUGUCCUGGUACCCCGUUCAAGUUGGGACAAGUUGUUAAACACGUUUCGGGUGUUAUCUCUGUAAUCGUUGGAGCAUAUACACUAAUCACUGAAGGGUCUCAAACCACAAGGAUCUUUUAUCGGUUGCUGAACGGACUUGAUGUUAGCGGCGCACGGAUUGAACUGUUGCAACAAAUCCCACAUUCUAAACUACAAGCAUUAAUGAAUUUUUACGACAUUGGCAUAUAUUUUACACAUUUUGACGAAGAAAGAUCGUUAUUCGUCCCACAUGAACGGCUCAAAGUUGCAUAUGACUGGUUGUGAUCCGUGAAGACACUUUGGCAACCUCAACUUUGGUGUGUUUUCUGUAUUGGUUGUCCCCAUUACAUGGACAGGAGAAAGGGGGAAGAAAAGAGGCGAUGGUUUUGUAACAGUGUUUGUGUUAUAUAAAGUGCUCAAUUGUACUUGGUAAUUGGUUAUACAUAGCGUACAUAUAGCAAAAUACAGGUUUUACAGAUUUCACAGGUACCGAAUGGUGUUGAACUGGCUGGCA